UUGUUGAAGAUGGCAAAUAUUUUUUGAUUAAAUACAUACUCUUGAAUUUUUAAUAAGUACCAGAAAAGUCAAGGUUGUGCCUUGUUUGACUGUGGACUCGGAGUUUGAUGUGUACAGCUAGCUCCUGUUGCUGCUAACAAGAAACAUGUCACAAGCAACAGAAUAUGUGUCUGAUGAGACUGGUGCCAAGUUUAUCGCUGCAUCCCAGCGUCCAGAUGGCACUUGGAGGAAACCACGUAAAGUAAAAGAAGGGUUUGUUCCACAGGAGGAAGUGCCCGUCUAUGAGACAAAAGGCAGGCAGUGGGUAAAAAGUAGACCAACUGGACCUGUUGGUCUUGCUCCUGUAGUAAAGGAAGCCUCACCAGCAGCCCCUAUGUCCAAGAAUGCUAAGAAACAUGCCAGGAGGAAGGAGAAGAAAAAAAUUACGGAGGAAUCUGUGACAGAACAACUCGAGGUAUUCACAAUAGAGGAACCUGAUUUUGGUGAGGAUCCACAAAGUAAAUCUCAUAACAAAGCUGUCAAAAGUCAGCCUGUCUCUUCGAACUUGCGGCCAGUGCCACCAAACAGCGAUAAAGGGGAUUCGGCUGGCAUUGAGAAGAAGAUAAAGAACCUGAAGAAGAAGAUACGGCAAAUCGAUGACCUGAAAGCGAAAAUUGAGUCGGGAGAUCUGUCCGUUCCUGAUCCCGACCAGAUAAAUAAGGUUGAAAAGAGAAGUGAGUUUGUGGAUGAACUAGAGGAUCUAGAAGUUCUACUCGACACUCUUUAAGGCAGCCACAGAUUGGAAGCAAUCUGUCAUGCAGAAUAAACAGCUGUGAAAUGUGACAACUGAAAUAGGUUAUGUAAACUACUCAAACAAGUCUUUACUUUGUAACCCCUUAAAACUUCUAGCCGUACUGUUAUUAAAAUCUAUUUGGGAUAGUUCUUGAUAACUGGUAGCAUUGUGACUUACUCAUCACCUGUUAUGAAGCACUGUCUCUGAAAGAAUGUGCUGUAGCUAUCUUGUCUGCGAGAGGUAAAUUUCGCCAUUUUUAUAGUAUUUAACGUGCAAGUCUUUAAGGUCUACUGUGAACAGUGGACUUCAUUUUCACAUUGUUUUAUUAGCUUGUGUCAAUUUUCAUAUAACAUAUUGCUAAGAAAAAGGUACCACACAGUGUAGUGCUCACAAAUAUAUGAAAUCAUAAAAUUAAUGUACAGAGCGAGAAUAAAAAUUGCUGUACAAAGCUUGCAGAGAAUAAGGGACAGUUCCAUCUUCAGAAUGAAAUCAAUUUCAAAUAUUUAUUGAAUAUCAUUUGCUUUUUGUUAUUUUCCACCUCUGUAUAAUUUUCCAGGGGCCCAUUGUCAGAAACAAAAUUAGUCUUGACAUUAGUCUUAACAUUAACUUUUUCUCUUAGACCAUUGACAGAAACGCUGCGAAGCUACCUGAAUCAAAAUUCGUAGCAGAUUUCCUCAUAACAAUACAAAACAAAGUGCUGUCGACGGUCUACGAGACAAUGUUGGUGUAAAGACUAAUGUUAAUGUUUUGUUUCUGACAACGGGCUCCAGACUUGCUGCAUUUUAUCUCGCCAAGUCCUUACACAUGCAUUGUUAGUUAAAGGGUGCUUUUUACAGCUCGGUAAGAGACUGCAUCCAUCCCGUAACUUUACAAUUUUAAAACAUGUUUUAGAUGUAUACAAUGUCACUAUGUGUACUAUGUCUGAAUUACAAAAAGAUGAAUGAACAUCCUUUGGUGUUCACUGGUUUAAUCUUGACUGUAACUGCAAUUGCCUGUGGUAGUGUUAAAUAAAACAAAAAAUAUCUCUAAAUUGUUA